CACAAAUCAAAAAAAUCAGAAUACAUAAAGUGUAGUAUAGUAGCUUUGAUCAAUUGAGAGUAUCGAUCAUGGCGGUGAAGUUGAUAUUCUCGCGGCUUCCAGGUGGAGGCUACGUUCCGCUGCGGGGCGGCUAUUCCAAUUUGGACCUCCUCGCCGCCGUCUGCGUCGCUGAUUCGGAGAUGGAACAAAACCGCCUUCACAAUGUUUCUUCUUCUUCAUCGCCUAAUUCAGUGAUCCCGAGGAACAAGAGGAGCAGCCGUCGUAGGAUCAGUGAUUCCGCCUUGAAAUGUGUCGUCUCCGCCUUCAAAAGGUUGUCAGUCGGCAACAAGAAUAAAAGAACGGCCAGGAAAAUCAAGAAGCGGGUUCACCCGCAGCCGGCGGCUGGUGAGGCUGGGCCCAUGCCGGGGAGAUUCAGGGACGGGAUCCGACAAUUGGCUGGGCCCGGCGCGGAAAUAGCGGAGGAGAAUCUGCUGAUAGAAAAGGAGAUAACGGAAAGCGACUUGAGGCGCAACCAAGGCCGGCUGACCCUCCCGGUGAAAAGCAUGAGACUGACGGCGUUCCUGACGGCGGAGGAGGAGAUGCGGCUGGCCACGCGCCAGAACAAGAAGGUGGGCUCACUCGAUGACGUGGCACUGAUCGCGGCCAUCGGUGGUAAAAUCGUAAAGAGUGAAGUGAGCCUGCGGAGAUGGGAGAUGCGGAAGAAGAGCGGGAAAGCCAGCGUGUCAUUCAUCCUCGCCCGCACCUGGAACCAACUUCAGAAAAGUCUCCGUUUGACGGUAGGGAGCAAAGUCCAAAUCUGGUCCGUCCGAGUUGACGGCAGAUUAUGGUUGUCCCUCGUACAGCUCCCUCCUAUGUGACAAAUUAACACUUUGAUGAGUGAAAAAACAGAAGUGCAGUGCUUUAGCCUUU